AGUAGCCGUAGAGGGAUAAAUCUCACACUCCGGAAGGUGGGCCACGGGGUUCGUUUGACAGAGAAGAGAAGGCGCCGAAAGAAGGGUUUAUUAAGGAAAAGGAAACUUGUUUGCACCCAACUCUGUCUGCUUAAAAGACCUCGCCCUCCUCUUUCUCUUUUUUUCAUUCUCUUUUGGAAGCUUACGGCGUGUGUUGAGGUCACGAGAGAGGCGUUGGAGCAGCUGCUGACACAGCUCACUCUGAGCAAACAAGGAUAUUUUAUAGGAAGUAAUUAAAAAAGAGGUGUUUAUCGUGAGUAUUAACGUUUCAUAUACAUCUUGUCGCUGUUUCUUUUUUAAAUUUGUUUUUGUUUUUUCUGUUGUUGUAGCCGCACCCGCUUUUUAGGAAUAGGAAACUUCUGAAAGCUCGUCCGUAACGAGGCUGCUGCGUCACAUCACCGCUGAGCAGUUCAGCGCCCACCACACGGACCUUUCAAAAUCUACACAUAUAUAUGUAUAUAUAUAUCAUACGGUUUUUGUUUUUUCUUUGUUUUUCAUGCUUUGGAGUUUUCCUUAACGCCGCUGCUCCAUAUCUGUUGUCUGUUCUCCCCUUUAAAAGGCCUCUUGCUGCUGCUGCUGCAGUAAAAGUCGUCCUCCGGCGUGACAAACUGGCGUUGCCCCUUUUUCUUUCCUUCUUCGAAGUGUCUCAUCCCCUCCUCUCUUUUCUAUUCUUUUCCUCGGUUUGUGUUGGUGGUGUCCCGCUGCGUACUUCCUGCUGUGUUGCCGUUACAGUUUCUCUCUCUUAUAUAUAUACUCAUUUGCUCUGUUGUCCUGGGUGCCGUUUUCUUUGGAUAAAUCAGCUAUCUGUGAUUUCAGUUUUUUUUUGUUUCUUCUAACAAUCAAAAGCCCACGUACGGCCACCAUGCGGCAUUCCUCGCUGCUGUGGCGGGGAAGAACACCGCCACCACGGCGACUGCCAUCGUCUGUGCCAGCCGGGGCGGGGCAUCUGCUGCUGCCUCGCCGAUCCCUUCAUGUGACCACAGCGGCGUGUGAAUCGCUGAACGGUUCAUGUAAACCGCACACGCAGACACCACAGCGGCGUUCUCCGCGUUGCACGCUGACCCUUUUAGGGCUCCGGCAACGAAGCAGCAGCAGAAGAGGAAGGAGUGCCUCGCCUGCAGCGUCUUCCUCGGUGUUGCUGCCGUCGCCAACAUGCGCGGAGAAAAAAUCCGACACUGCGCUACAUGGCAUCCGCUUUGCCCGAGGCGGGGGCGCUUCCAUGAGCGCUGCCGUUCGAACUCCUUUAACGAACUUUUUAAGCGCCGAUGUGGCCCGGGCGGCUUCCGCGCCGCUUUGCAUGAGUGUUCGCCGCGCUAGCGAGGCCGCCAGCGCCGGUGCCCCUCCUUCGACACACCUCACGGAAGGCAGCAGCGACCAAGAGGAAGUGCUCACAUCCUUCGGUGCCGACGGCGCACCAUCUGCUGCGCAGCGUUCACAUGGCGGCUCCCACGGUGCCCACCGCCGUCCGCCACAGCAACAGCGACACACAUCCUCUACGCAGUUCUCGAAUCGCGGCGCGGACUCUGACCGACACCAACGCCAUGACGGCACCAGUGCGGCCCCGGUCAGCAGGGCGGUACUCGCUGCUCGUCUCAUGCGACGACACCGACUGCACACCACCCAACCCUACCUCGUUCUUUCCUCCGGCGAGGAGGUGCCCGGCUGCAGCGGUGGCGUAUACCAUUUGCAAGGGCGUCUUGACGCGCGUGCCGCGGCAGGCGGGGCUCGAUCGAGCGCCUACGCCGGCCGCGUGCGUGGUGGCGGCAACAGCGUGCGCAUGGCUUCAUUUCCUUACCGCGACGGGUCUCCAGCUGCUUUCACAGCGGCAGCGGCUGCGGCGUCUCCGCAGGUGUGUGGGCACGACGCCGCCUACCGACGCAUGCAGGACUUCGAGCCGUUUGAGCGCCUGUUCCGCCGCUACCUCGAGCGUGGGCACGUUCUCUACGCCACUCAGCGCCUCCUCCACCACCCUAACGCACCGGCGCCGGUGGUACUGCUGGACCGGAUUCUGCGGCACCGCGUACCGGCCCCGGCGUUCGUCUCGCAGGCGCUGUUGUCCUCCAUGCACGGCGCCCGCACUGAUCGCAGCACGUCGGCCGCCGCGACCUUUGCCCUCCAGCGCGUGACGGCCCGACUGCGAACCGACGCCACGUGCCGCCCCCUCUACGACACCCCGGACAUCCGUGCCCUGCUGCUGGAGGCGACGCUGCGGGAGGGUCUCUUCGAUGUCGCCACGGAGCUGGUGCAGGAGACCCCAAACGAGUGGAUCACCCCGCAUGCGUGGUCGCUGCUCGUGCAGGCGGCCGGGCAGGCGAAGUUGCCACACUCACAGCUGCUGUGGCGGUUGCUGAGCAUCCGCGACGGAUCGUCGUCAUCGUCACCCGCUGAAGCGGCGGAGGCGGCGCGGAUGCCGAGCUCAACGGGCAGUAGUAGUAGUAGUAGUAGUAAUAGUAGUAGUAGUGGGCCGAUGCAACGGGUGCUGACCCGGGCUGGCGAGAGUGCGCUGCUGAAGCGGGUCCCGCUGUGCGGAUUGCCCUACCCGAUGUCCGCUGGGGCACCGCCGGCACCCCCGCCUCUUCCUCCGCCGUCUUUCCCCACGGCGUCAGCUGCAGCAGCUGCUGCUGUUGCUGCGUCGCAGGGUACGGAAAGUGCACAGCGCGGAGAGGCGUCUUUGGCGUCUCCCUUUUCCGCUUCCUCUGCUCCUCUUGCCGCGUCACCGAGCGCGUCGCGGUCCCCUGCGCCGUCCUCAAGGCUGCCGCUCGACGCGGUCCACAUCCCUGGCUUCGCCUUCGCCGCCCGCACCUGCGGCACGGUGCAGAUGCCGACCUUUCCCAGCAUCGGCGCCCCUCUCUUUCAAUCGAAUGCACGCCUCUCUGAGAGGAACACAUCCGCGAACGGAGAGGAGGCGGCGGCGGAGAAGGAUUCGGCAAGAAGCGCAGCCCCCGCCCUUCCUCCUCCUCCGUCGUCUGCCACCUCCGCAUUAGUCCCCAGCACCUUCAGCACCGAAGGAAUGCGGUGGUGUGCGCUGGGUCCGGUGGAUAUGGGCUACGCCGCCGAGCACUACAACAGCGAUACCGCGGCUGCUGCCGGUGACUUUCGCGCUGUCGGCGCUGCUGGCGCGCUCUUCGGCUUCAGCUCCUUUCAGUCGUUGUUUGCGGAGGUGGAAGAGGAGGUGCGGCGGACCGCGUCAACCGAAGGCGCCCCGUCGUCGUCUUCGUUGCCUCCGCGUGCGAGUCGGCGUGUGCUGUGGGAGACCACCGCACUCCGCAUGCUGCACCAGCAGCACGGCAUCGUCUACGGACUUGACGCGACCACGACGGCGCGUGUGCUGCUGCGCUGCGGUGUUGGCUUUUCUGGACAGGCCUCCCCGCUGCUGGCCCAGCACGUCCUGCGCCGCUACCUGCGCAGCUGUCAUGUCCUGCGGGAUGAGGUGGUGCGAGCACAAGAGCUGAUUGAAGCGCAGAUGGACGCGGAGGAAGAAGAAGCUGUGCUGGGCAGGCGAGAUCGCACGCCGCGGUCAACAAUACCCCUUCAAAACGCGUCGGAGACGGCAGCGGCAGCAGCAACGGAGGCUUCCGCUGCCACCACAACGACGGCGGUGACGACCGUUUCUCCGCGUCGAUCAGCGAAGGAGUUGCUGGAGCUGUACCCUCGCCUCUCGCGUGCGGUUGCCCCACACCCUUCCCCGUUUCUCGUCUUCUUCAAGGUCAUGCGUGAAGCACGCGAGGUGCUCUCGAACGCGGUGGACGAGGAAGUCGCCGCUGCCGCUGCCGCUCGCCGCUCUCGUACCAGCGGCCUGCGUGCGAACAGCUCGCUGCCGAUGGUCCACUGGGAGCUCGUGUGGCACGCCUUUCAGCAGCUGAACCGCGAGAACCCGCUUUGGUUUACGCAGAUGACCGCACAGGAGGCGGGCGACUUGUGCCAGGAUGUCAUCGAAGUCCUUUGCCACGGCGCCGAUCCGUGGCUGCCACUCAACGUGGCCCGCCGCGUCUCGCUCCGGCACGUCGUCGACGGGGUGGAGAUGGCGCUGUGGCUGCUGCACCGUCUGGACCCGUCGCACCACACGGAAGAGGCACGCGAGGUGGCCCGCAAGCUGUUCCGCUGGCUGCUGGUGGAUGUCGGACUCCAUCUCCAGCCGUCGCUGCAUCACCACCUCAUCCCAGCCGCGCGGGCGCUGAUUCGGUUGGGCCUGCAGGAGGAGCUGCGCGUCCUGUACAGCGCCGUGCUGGAUAACGUGUACGUGUUUCUCCCUGAGCACCGCGACGCGUUCAUUCACGUGCUGCGGGACUUGAUCUGCCCCUCCUGCGCGAGUAUUCUGCCCGAGAGCGACGUCUACGUGGAUCGUGCGUGCCCAAAUUGCAUGGCGGUGGUGCCCGCCAAGGACGCCGACACGAUCCCGAGUUUCCGGCUAUCGGCGGAGCAUGUGGAGCGGCUGCGGGAGCGACGCAAGCAGCAGCGUCAGCGCACGCGUCAGCGUCUAAGCGCCAGCGUCCAUCGUUUGCAAUCGGAGGACCACGACAGAGAGCGACGCCCUGCUCGACCACAACGUCCGUAUCACCUUCGAGGCCCACAGGACGCCGCGGACGUGCUACGGCGACACCUGCAGAGGAGCAAAGAGGCGGAAGAGGAGGAAGGGAACGAGGACGGCGGCAACGUGAUGGCGCUGCGUCUCGCGGAAGCCGCCACCCUGGUGCCGGGUGUGUCGGUGGGGUCGGACUACGCCUUAUUUCCUGUCGCUGGUGGUGGUGAUAGCGGUCAUGCGGCGGUGAUGGACGUACGCGCAGCAAUGGAGGAGUCCUCGCGUCGGCUCGAGCUGCAGCGGGCGGCACGUCGGUACGCCCUCGCUCAGCGCGGCGACACAAGCGAUGAUGCUCAACGUGAGGCGUCUUUCAGAGAUCGCAACAGCAGCAGCAGCAGCGGUCUCGUCUCCCCCUACCGCACCUCAGCAGCAAUGCCGACCACCCUGCCCAUAUCCGCGCAGGAGUUGGAUGCCGCGACGCUGAAGUACCUGUCCACGGCAGCGAACGCCGGCGCCCGCGCGUCUGCGGCGACCAACGCGGCGCACGACGGCGUGUGGGUCUGCGUGUGGUGUCAGGCGGAGAACACCGAGUGGAGCAGCCGCGUGCAGUGCAGCGCGUGCGGGGCGGAGACCGGGCCUGCAGCCCCGUGGCGUCACUUCGCCUACGCCGAUCCGGUGACGGGCGAUGUUAUGGCAGAGCUGCGCGGUCGCAUGAGCAACUGUGAGGAGCGGCCGGUGGAUGCGAUAGUGGCGGGAUACUUGCUCAUGGUGUACCGUCGCACCUUCCAACUGCGUGCGACGCCAGCUGAUCAGGAGCGGCUGCAGCGUCUCGUAGCGAUGCUGUGCCGCCUGCAGGAACGUGUGUUGGCGGGCUACGUCUACACUCGCCUCGUUCCGCUGCCGCAGCGACACGUAGGUGCGCUGCUCCAUCUUCUCGCGCAGACCUACGGACAGGAGAGCGAGGCCCGCUAUCGUGCCCUGACGCAGGACGACCUGACACGACCAGAGAAGGAGGGCGUGUUCUUUGAGGCGGUCUUCGGCCCUCAGACGUGUCGGGUGUGCUUCGGCAGCCACGACUGGCACCUGUGCCCCAUCGUCACGCGCGACUUUGCCGGCGCCGCGGAUGCGCAACAUGAACAGCAGCGCAGUCCCAUCAGUCUCAGUCCUGAGGAGAAGCAGCGGGCGGUGCUGGAGAGGCUGGCACAACGCAUUCAUGAAGCAGCGCAAUCUGCUGUUGCUGCCACCGCGCCGGCAGCGACGUCCCCCACCGCGUCCUCUUCAACCGCACGAAACCCAGCCGCGGCAGCAGGAAAGCCCAACGCACAGCUGGUGGUGAACGCGUACGUCGCCUUCGUCUCUUCUCCAUUCCGUGAGAUUUUUGCCGAGCUGCACGCUGACGACACAAAUGAGCUGUCGCUGCUGCUGAGCAGCCUUCAGCAGUACCGCCGUGCCGCCUUCGUGCUGUGCCACAUCCCCCUGACCCAGCGCUCCACGGCGGCCUACCUGCGGCUGGUGAGCUUCUUUAACGUAACAGAGGAGGAGGCGCUGACGCUGCUGGAUGCGAAGACGAAGGCACCUCACCCGUCGGACCCAACCGCAGCAUCAGCCACAUCAGCGACUGCAGCAGCAGCGCCGAAUUUUGUGCAGGUCACCAAGACGUGCUGUAUGUGCCUGGAUCAACGCCACGCCUCGCAUGAGUGUCCUCGACUGGGGGAAUGGUUGAGGGGCGUGCAGCGACUGGCGAGAGAAGAGCGGGAGUCAGCAGCAGCAGCAGCGGCGGCGGCGGCGAAGUCAUCCACAUCCACCACUACCGCGUUGGUGGACUCCGUCGGCUCGGCACGGCUGCGCCAGCGGCUGCGAGCACAGGUGGACGGCUGGACGACCGCCGGGCCGGAGCGGCUGCACGCGUUUUAUCGAUACCUGGUGGCCCACAUGGAGUUGCUUGGGCCGUCGAGUCGUGAUCGCCCCUCCGCCGCAUCGCCUUCUUUAGCAUCGUCUUCAACGGCGACAGCAGCUGCGGCGGCGUCGUCGUCACCGCGUCGAAUGGAUCUCAACGAUCCGCUGGUCUAUGCGGUGAACAAGACGGUGACGAAGCUGGCCAUGUUGGAGCGGCGCAGCGAGACCUAUCGCCUCUACGCCCACGCCCCCGUGGAGUGUGUGUCCGCCGCCACCACGUCAGCGGUGCUACGCAUGAAUGGGUUUGCGGAGGACAGCAUCCGCGCACUGCUCAAGGCGGACGAUUAUGAUGACGCUGCCGCGUCCUCGUCGAUGGACGACGACAGCAUGAGGGCUACGGAGGCGGAGUUGAUGAUGGCCCGCAGUGGCAGCAACGUGCAUGCAGUGUCGGCUGCACGUCAACGCGCGCCGCUCGCCGCCCGCACCGCUGCCGUCCCGGUCCAGCGCUGCUGCCUCCUGUGCUUCUCGUCUGCGCACGCCUACGUGGACUGUCCGGAGCUCGCCGCGGCGGCGACAGAGGCGGAGAAGCUGCUAUUAGUCGUGCAGCAAGUCGGCGGGAUCAGCUGCGUGCACGACGGCAUUGGCGCCGCGGCGGCGUACGUUUACAACGUGUACAACCGCGGACGUUUAUCAGGCGGAAUGGUGCGAUUGAAUCCGGCGUUGGUCACAGCGCUGCUGACGCUGGCGCGGCGGUGCUUCGCAACGCAUCAGCUCAGUCACGGCAUGCGGGUGCUGCGGCGAAUUCCGGUUGAAAUGGUGCCCCCCGCCACGGCGUACACUGACCUCUGGCGGGCGGCGGGCUUACCCGAAGAGUCGGUGGAACAGAAGCAGGCCCAACUGCUCGCGCUGUACGACGCGGAGGGCCUCGUCCCCUCGGUGGACUCGCCCCCACCUCGUCCGACCUUCUCGAACAGCUUCCUCUCGCAGCUGAGCCGUGUGCUGCACGACGACGUCUGCCGGCACUGCUACGAGCACGGGCACACCAUCGCGACGUGUCCGCUGUUCCACGCCGAGGUCAGCUUCGGCCGAGACUACGUUGCCGCCUACCGCAUGAGUAUGAUGUCGGAGCAGCUGGACCGCGCGUGGCAGGAGGCCUACCUGCUGAAGUUGGUCGACUUCUUUCGCACGCACUAUUUGUUUAUGCCGUACCACAUCGCCGGCGUGGCGAACGCGUUGAACGCUAUUACAGCGAUGUGGAGCUUCCGCGGCGAGCCAGGGAUCGCGCUGCGCAACCUACUGAUGAUCCCUCCCGCUUACCGCCGUCGACAAGCCUUCAAGCACGUUCUGCACGCUCUGCGUGUGCCGUCGGCGGACAUCACGCGCUUGCUGGGUGACUUCUACUUCGCACCAGAAAACAGCGGCGUGGGCGGCGGCGGCAACGGUAGCGGUCACAACAGCGCUGGCGGGGGAAACCCACAGCAGCAGCAGGAGAUGAUGAUGGCGCAGCACUUGCUGAUCCCGAAGCCGGCCAUUCGGGAUCUGGCGCGGCGGCAGAUCUUCGAGCAAGUUCCCGCGGCGAUGGUGGCCUUGACGGAGAGUACGGAGCGCAUGGCGCACAUACGCGCCAACCACGAGCGCCGCGGUGGUGCGGCUGACACACUUUCCUCGUCGUCUUCUGCGUCUGCUGCAUCUGAAAUGAAUGCUGGUAGCGGCAUGGGUGUGGGCAUCUCCGCACGCAUCGCGCAGUCUAUCCGACAGCAGCAGCAGCAGCAGCAGCAGCCAUCGCCUGACAUGGAUGGCGUCUCAGCAUCGUCCUUCAACUCACCCAUUCUGCGACGUGUGAUGCAGAGCGGCGACAUGGCGCAGCUGCGCGAGGACUUCGAUCCCAUUCUCGCUGAAUUGGAGAACGCCGUCGGCAUGCGUCUGGGCAGCCGGCACACGCUGUUUACCAGCGCCAUAGACAUCGUGGGCUCCGCCGCAGCGUCCACGGCGACGUCAGGCACGGCGGGCGCGGCGCGUCGCACCCGUGCGCCUUCCCCUACGCAUCCCUCAAGAGAUACAUCAUCCCCGUCAUCGUCAUCGUCAUUCUCAGCAGAGGUGAGCACGUCGUCUACCGGUCGCGGUGUAUCGGAGGCGGAGGUCGUCACGGAGGUGCAGACGCAGCCCGUCCAACGAGGCAAUCCCCAGCGCUCAGCGACACCCCGUUCUUCUUCUUUCCCCUUGCCCCCAAAGCCGCUCUCCGCCGCACAGGAGCCGCCGUUUUCUUCGUUUGCGCGUCAGCUUCGUGAGCAGCAGCAGGGCCAACCGCCACCACGCAGCCCAAGAGGCACGCAGCCGGUAAACGAGACAUCAGUGACUGCGCCGCAGGUUGGUGAUACCGCUACUACAGGAGGAGAGCGAGCGCCAGCAAACAGUGGUGCGGUGCCGCAUGCUGCGUCUCGCAUGAGCGAGGAUGAGGUCAAAUCUUCUUUCUCUGAGCCUUCAACACGCACGUCACGCGAACGGCAGCGACAGCAGCAGCAGCAGCAACAGCGAUCACAGGGACCAACGGAUCACCGCAGCCGCAGCAACAACCGCGACUACCGAGGCAACCGCAGCAACGCACAGCCUUACCGUGGAAGUAACCGACGGCAGACGCAGCAGCAAUCGCAGCGUCGUCACGAUCGCAGAGACGGACGAGGGAGUAAUACAGAGGCGCAAUAA